AUGGAGGUGACAGAGAGGAACUCAGGAAACCUCGAUCAUGGCUACAUGGUGAUGAUGGGAUCUCUGGAGCAGGACCCUGGGGGUCCAAGCAACCAGACCAAGGACAUGGACGGGGGAGUGCUGCCUGUGCUACUUCUGCUGCUCCUGCCGCCGCCGCCGCCGCUGCCCUUAGCGCGCGCUGAGGACGCCUCCCGAGCCAACUCGGACCGCUACGCAGUCUACUGGAACCGCAGCAACCCCAGGGAGUUUUAUGGGUGGAUCCCCACCUGGGGUCAAGGAAAGGGUACCAGCCUGGGGAAAGGGGUUACAGUGCUAGGAGGUCUUGGCCACCCAGACCCCUCUGCCCCACUAACUCACAACCCAUUUCUUCUAGCUGCCACACCACCCAAUGCUGUUGACCGGCCCUGCCUUCGGCUAAAGGUUUAUGUGCGGCCAACCAACGAGACCCUGUAUGAGGCCCCUGAGCCCAUCUUCACCAGCAAUAAUUCGUGCAGUAGCCUGGGCAGCUGUCAGCUCUUCCUCAGCACUGUCCCGGUACUCUGGACCCUUCUGGGCUCCUAGUUCUGGCCCAUAUGAUGCCGGCCCCACCUGGACGACCGAAUCCAAGACCAAAUAGAGACGCCUGGCUCUCCCUCAACUGGUGCUGCCCCCACCUACAGGGGGUUUCUGCCUGCUCCAGAACCAGCCCCAGUGACGGGGGACAGCCAACAGCCCCUGAUGCCUGAGGGGCAGGGUGUCAGUACAGCCCCUGGCCAGACCAUCUCCUCAGGGGUACUGGAGAAUCUGAGAAACUAUCAGCGAUGUUGGUUUUUUUUGUUUGUUUGUUUAUUUUUCAUGGUUGGAUCAGAAAGGCUUGAAUUUUUAAUUUAAUUUAUUCCAUGCUGUCGCCAGUGACUUUGAAAGGAAACACAUUAGUUUGUGGGGGUGGUGGUGGUGGUCCUUGGCCCCCUGGGGGAUGGGGAUGGGUAACCCCUAGUCUGGUUGCUCCAUUUGUUGGGUCCUGGCUAGAGACCACUGCAGACCCCCCAGAUGCCCCAGGACAGGCCAGUAUGAGGCAGAAGGGUAAGGGUGAGACCCCUGGAUUCUGGCCCAGGACCCUGAACCCACCUCAGAUUCUCGUCCCCUCAGCCCCACUCUCCUCAUGCCUGGGGAUUGUCGCCCAGAGUGAAAACCCAUGCUGUUUCACCAGAGGCCCCGGAGUUCCGGCCACUCCGAAUUACAGCUCCCCACUGUGUUCCACAGCCUCUCACCAUCACCCCUGAGCCCAAGAAGACCUUACAUUUCUGUAAAUAGAGCCAGGAAGUAUAUACUGUGGUUUAUUUUUACUGUAUUCCUGAGGACGAACUGGACAGUUUCCUUUUUUCUCACAUCUUCAGGGGGAUCUUUUAUUUUGGUGGGAGGGUGGGUGGACUUUUUAGAGUAGAAGCCACACUUUGCAAUAAGCUUGUUCGUCUGUCAGAGCCCUCUUCCUCUCCUCCGUGACUAAUAAUGUUUAUAAGAAAAAAGAAAACAGGACACUACAAGAUGGGGGGUGGACCUGCCAAAAAGAAACCCCCUCCCAAAGACACUUUAAUGAAGCAAACAGCACAUUUAUACAGAUUUCAUAUUUCUACCCACCUUUCCUGGUCUGUGUUUUAUAUAUAUUAUAUAUAAAUAUAUAUGGUGCACAGCUGCUGGGAGACCACCAGGCGUGCCAGCUGGGGGGGCCUUUUGUAGGGGUUGGCCUGGGUGGUGGUGUUGCCUCGCCUGGAGCUGGCGACAGGGCCUCCCCCUCCCGUCACAAUCAACUUUGGAUUCUGUAUUUUUUAAUAAUAAAAUAAGCAUAAACCUCUA